UCUCUGCGGCCGCCCGCUGAGCCCCGCCGCUGGCCUGGGCCCCCUCCCGCCUCCCUCCUCACCUCUCUAUGUGUCCGCGGCUGGCCGGCGCGAUGCGGCUGGGCCCGAGGCCCGCCACGCUGGGGCUGCUUCUGCUGUGCGCCGCGGCAGCCGGCGCCGGGGAGGCCGAGGAGUUGCACUACCCACAGGGAGAGCACCGCGCCGACUACGACCGCGAGGCGCUGCUGGGCGGCCAGGAAGAAGUCGAUGAAUAUGUUAAACUCGCCCCCGAAGAGCAACACAAAAGACUGAAGUCAAUCAUAAAGAAAAUUGACUUGGACUCAGAUGGCUUUCUCACCGAAAGUGAACUCAGUUCAUGGAUUCAAAUGUCUUUUAAACAUUAUGCUAUGCAAGAAGCGAAACAACAGUUUGUUGAAUAUGAUAAAAACAGUGAUGGUAGUGUGUCGUGGGAUGAAUACAAUAUUCAGAUGUAUGAUCGCGUAAUCGACUUUGAUGAGAACACUGCUCUGGAUGAUACAGAAGAGGAGUCUUUUAGGCAGCUUCACUUAAAGGACAAGAAGAGAUUUGAAAAAUCUAACCAGGAUUCAGGUCCUGGUUUGAAUCUUGAAGAAUUUAUUGCUUUUGAGCAUCCUGAAGAAGUUGACUACAUGUCGGAAUUUGUCAUUCAAGAGGCUUUAGAAGAACAUGACAAAAAUGGUGAUGGAUUUGUUACUUUGGAAGAAUUUCUUGGUGACUACAGGCGGGACCCAACAGCAAAUGAAGAUCCAGAGUGGAUACUCGUUGAGAAAGAUAGAUUCCUGAAUGAUUAUGACAAAGAUGCUGACGGCAGGCUUGAUCCCCAAGAGCUGUUGUCUUGGGUAGUACCCAAUAAUCAGGGCAUUGCACAAGAAGAGGCUCUUCAUCUAAUUGAUGAAGUGGAUUUGAAUAGUGACAGAAAGCUGUCUGAAGCAGAGAUUCUGGAGAAUCAGGACUUGUUUCUUACCAGCGAAGCCACAGAUUAUGGCAGACAGCUUCAUGAUGAAUAUUUCUAUCACGAUGAGCUUUAAUCCCUGGGUAUAUCUGAGUAGAAUACUGGCUCCUUUUAUAGUUUGUUACCAGCUUUACUUUUGUGAUAAAAUGUUGAUGUUAUAUUUUACAUUCUUACAUCUUACCACAGUCAAGAUUAAUGUACAUUAAAAUUUUGGCCUUUUAG